AUGGAUAAUGGGCAGAGGCAAACCCUGCACUUGAGCAGCAAUAUCAAGAAUAAUGUGGUUCAGUUUCUACUCAAGCAUAGCCAUGAUGGAGUACUAUCAAGAGGGGCUGUAAUGGAGGCAGCAGAAGCUCAUAGCAUCAGUAGGAAGACAGUAUACAGGCUGUGGAAGGCAGCCAAUGAGCAGAUGCAAAUGGGAGAACCUGCAAUGAUGGAAGGAAAGGUUAAAGGCUAUCAUCAUGGAGACAUAUUAGAACUUGAUCAAGAAAAGGUUAGAAACUUAUCUACUCUUGAAAGAUCAUCCCUGAGGAAAAUGGCAGUAAAAUUGAAUGUGAGUAAGAGCACAUUAGGUCAUUGGGUGAAGCAAGGUAAACUAAGGCCACAUACAAAUGCAAUCAAACCUGCCCUCACCAAUAUGAAUAAGAUAGCAAGAGCUAGAUGGAGUCUUAGUCAACUUCAGCCACAGAUUAAUCAAGGUAGAGUUAAGUUUCAGAGCAUGCAUAAUGUUGUGCAUAUAGAUGAAAAAUGGUUCUAUAUGACCAAGGUAUCAGACAGGUACUACCUUUUGCCCGAUGAGGAUGAGCCAUAUAGGACAUGCAAAUCCAAGAGAUACAUCACCAAAGUCAUGUUUAUGUGUGCUGUCAAUAGACCACACUUUGGUAUAGAUGGGCAGUCCACUUAUGAUGGUAAGGUGGGAAUAUUUCCCUUCACUGAAGUUCUGCCAGCACAAAGGAGAUCAAGGAACAGGGCAAGAGGCACAAUGGAAACCAAAGUAAUCAAUUCAGUCACAAAGGCAGUGAUGAGGGACUGCCUUAUCCAAAAGAUUAUACCUGCAAUUAAGGCCAAAUGGCCUGUUGGGGCAAGUAAAGACAUCUACAUUCAGCAAGAUAAUGCAACCCCACACAUAACUGCCAUGGAUGCAGAUUUUCAGGCUGUUGCCAAUUCAGAUGGAUUUAAAAUCCAUCUGAUUUGUCAACCAUCUAAUUCCCUGACACAAACAUCUUAG